AGAGUCAGAAGCAGUUUUCCUGCAGUUCGCGGUCAGCGGGCGACCGUUCUACUUGGCGAUAGUUUUGUACUUCUGUGUACACGGACAACCAACAGCGUCUUCACGCAUGUCAGCAUGUUUGCCUCGAUCAGCUGCAAGUUGAUUGUCAUCACUCUGCUGGUUGUUACAUCGGAGUCAUGGUCACAGAACCAGUACUACAGGGAGAACUACUCAUCUGUCGUGAACGGUCGAUAUGCAGCCGAGAACAUGGACACAUCUGAAGAAUCAAAGAUUGUCUUUCCAGGACAGCAGUUGAGCAACACAGUGGCCAAUUUUACACCACAACUGAGCGGUCGGCAGCCCACAUGUGCAGAUGAAAGCGGCAUCUGUGAAAAUGCUGACAACUAUCCACAAGAUUAUGUGAGGCGACUGUUUUUGAAAAAUGUGACGAAUUCAUAUGCUUUUGGAACAGAUUUGAUGGAUAUAAAUCUCAGAAUUAAUCCUGAUGAAGAGGUAUCACUUUGUCCGUCUAUGGAACAAGUGGUGUAUCCCAAAAUGGCUCAGAGCAAAGAUGAUAAAUGGCUGUUUGUGAUAAAUCAGGAUACAUAUAUACAAGGAAUUCGCAUAGAAAAGUGUGCGAGACAAGGUUCUUGUACAUUUGCAGAAAAUUUUCCGAGUGGUUACACGACAAGUUGUCAGCAGAAAUAUGUCUAUCGCAAGCUGCUGGCUUUGGGCGAGGACGGCAAGCCUGUCACCGAUUCGUUUCGCCUUCCAUCUUGUUGUUCUUGUGUUGUUACCAAGUCAUAUCGUUCACGCAGAAUGGCACGUGACACAGGAAGAUCUCAGAUUCCGUCAAGGAGGACGAGAAGGCGAAAAUAAAUCUUCUGAGCUACAUCAUUAGCUAGGCACUGUGUUUGAGAAAUUCAGUCAGGCAGCUAGCUCCAGAUGGAGGAGCUGUCCUUUGUAGAUCUGAAAAUUGUGCCUUCCUGUUGUUGUGAAGGUCACAAAGAUAUUACCGACAACUUUGGCUGUGCUUGUGGGAAGAUUUCCCACAAAACUAUUAUUUUAAUAUAUGAUAGGUGUGUGUGUGUGUGUGUGUGUGUGUAAUAUGUAAGACAUUUUAAAAGAAUGCAAGGAUCUCAACUAUCCUUCGAUUCCUGUGUCCUGGAUUUAGAAGCAGUCAGUAUUUUUUACGUCAAAGUAGAAAUGUAACAGUAAUUCUCUACCUGUGGUUUGUAAAUGUUGUAAUAUGUAACACCCAUGGCCAAUUCUUGAAAAUCAAUAUAAAGAACUUCGUAUUUGCAAAAUAAGUUAUCCAAGUUAAGGGUUACAAGGUAAUAUAACGCAUGUUUUGUGUGUGUUUCAGCAUGUGAUGUAACAUUAAUCUUAAAUGUGAAACCUUGUCAAUUGCCAUAUAUUUUAUUUCUUGUGGGUAGAUUAGACUACCUUCAUUAAUUAUAUGUUAUAGUGAUACGAAAUAUUGUGUUUGUAUAACAUGAAGGCGUCUUGCCUGGUUCCUAUAGAUUUAGUAUUUGUUAAAUACAGAGACUCCAUGUCAGACUUCAUGCACUAUUAACACAAUUAUGUCAAGAUAAUUUGGUUCGUGUCUGCCUGCCUGCGUCAACCAGCCACCAUAGAGAAAUACCUACCGUGGUCUGUAUUUUUGAUUGUAACAUAAAAUGCUAUUUGUCUCGAAAAUUACGUUCAAAUAUUCAGUGUUCAUCUUGUAACAUACAUGACAGUGUCUACAUACGCUCCUCUGGCCCUUGUAAUGUUAAAAAAAAUGAGGUUAUUAAAAUUUCUGUUUUAUU